AUGGUCGCCGGCCCGCCCCACCGGCGCGACUACGCCAGCUUGCGCACUGUGAUCGCUCCUCUCCCACGAAGAGCGAAAUGUGCUCGCAGGCUGAGCGGCUGCUCGUCGCAUUCGUGGCCUCCUUCGAGGAGACUAGGACCCGAGUCGCGCCCGGGGCCCUUCGGCCUUCCCCACCUGGCGCCGGCCUCCAAGUGGGUCUUCGGGGAGCUGCUCCAGGAGUGCAGGCACGGGACGUCUGUCACCUUCGACCUCGUGCUCAAGGAAAUCGGUGCCCGCGCGUGCAUCAAGCUGAGCGAGAGCCCGGACUCUGAGCUGUUCUGCGUGUUGGGCAACUGGCGUCGCUCGGUGAUCAAGGUGCUUCGCUUCGAGUACGUGGUGCGCCACCGGGACCUGGUGUUGGCCGAACUCAGAGUGGGAAGGCAAGUGCCCUUCAGUCUUUAUUUGUGA